AAUAUUAUUGAUUUAGAAGAGGCUUCAAGGGAUAGAAAAAAGAUUGAUAUUGAUGGAUUCAGGCUGAUUGAGGCUUCAAAAGAUGAACCAAAGCAAAAGGAAGAAGAAAAAAAGACUGAUGGAUUCGAGUCCAAGUAUGAUCUUCGCAAGAGUUUGGCUUGGGACAGUGCCUUUUUCACAAGUCCAGGAGUUUUGGAUCCUGAAGAGUUGUUUGAGACUUCGAAUAUUAAUGCUGGAGACAAGGGACACAAUGAACCAAGUAGUUUUCCUUCAGAAUCCAUGACAGCAAGUAGAAUCGGUGAUUGCAUUGCCCGGAGAAGUUUAGCUUGGGAUGCUGCCUUUUUCACCAGUGCAGGUAUGCUUACUUACACAUGGGGUACUGAAUCCAGAAGAGUUGUCUUGGUAAACAAUGGAUAUAGGAAGUCUGAAACUGUAACACAUAUACUUCCGGGAAUCGAACAAGAGUUUUGGAAAUCUACUGAAUCAGACUCUACGUUGGAUAGUGAUUACUCCUUGUCAAGUCUUGAGAUUGAUCUUUUUGAUGAUAUGAGAGCUUCAAUGCAGAAGUCAAGCAAAGAAUCCAAUUUGUUGAAUUCCAGUAGCAAACUUCAAAGUCAAACUGGCAUUCCAAAUUCCCAUUUUUCAAAAAGGAUGGAUACUACUUCGAGGGUUAAACCCUUUCCAGCUUCAGAAGGCCAAAAACUUCAGCAGAUGGAGUGGGGAAGACAGCAAAAGAGGCCAUCAAUCCUUCAAAAUCACAUGUAUGUUCAAUUCAGAAUACUGGUCCAGAUUUCAUUGCUAUGGAAAAACAUAUCAAAGAAACCUUGUAUUGGUGACCGUGGUACACCAUCUCCAGAACAUCAUCUUCACAUUCCCACAUCGCUUCUAAAAUCUUUCAGGAUCUGUUGUGGGCACAGUGCUUCCAUUCUUAGAACCCCAUGCUCUCUGAGAAGAAAGAAUGAUUUGGUUGCUUCGGACUCAGGUGUUCGGACCCCUACAAGAUCCUUAACCCUACACAAAAGCAAACUGAUAGAUUCUUCUCAGCCAAUUAGUUUACAGUCCACACCGAAUUCUCUGAGAACAUCACUUUUAACUUCCAUUGAUUGUUGGUCUUCUGAAUCCUCAGCUUCUUUAGAUCAUGUCGGCACUGGGAACUGUUCUAGUGAGCAACUUGUUCCAAGCGGAAGCAAAGAAGCCAGGUUUCCACAUCAAGAUGUUUGCAGAUUCUCAAAGGGAAGUUGUCAUCUACUAUCCACUGUUUCGAGAGAAGCAAAGCCUUCUGGCCUUCGACUGCCAUCAACAAAGAUUGGAUUCUUUGAACCUGGAAAUUCCAGGGAAUUAACUCCAAAUGGUGUAAAGUUUCAUUCUGGUUUGCACAAUAGUUCUAAGACUAGAACUGGAACUAAUCUCAAUGGCACUCCAAUAGAGCAAGCAAAACGGAACCAGAAGUCUGGGGAUAUCGAGCCUGAUGCGAAGCUUGAAGAAGAAAACUCUAGUCAGAAGUCAGAUCUCUUGGGACUAUUAAGAGUUCUCCUGCUUCAACUAUCAUGUCUGAAACUGAACUAA